AUGGCUCCGAAGAAAAAGCAGACGUCGAAGCAGAACAGCAAGCCUAAAACGACGUCAUCGGGCCCGAGGCUCCAGAUUUCGGCCGAGAACGAGAACCGGGUCCGCCGACUCCUGCUCAACUCAGGCCGGUCCUCGACGCCAGCUGCUCCCGUCGACGAGUCCCUUUCGAAAGCUCAGAAGACGAAGAAGCUAAAAGCCGUGUACGAAAAGCUUUCCUGCGAAGGCUUCACCAAUGAUCAAAUUGAACUCGCUCUCUCUGCUCUCAAGGAAGGUGCUACAUUUGAGGCUGCUGUAGACUGGUUGUGUUUAAAUUUGACUAGUAAUGAGCUACCACUGAAGUUUUCUAGUGGGACUUCUCUGCAUGGAAAUGAAGGUACGUUUGAACUCAUUCUUGAUUUGACGGGUUACUGUUGCAAAUGUGCUAUGGUAGGUGGUUCUGUUGGCAUCAUAUUGACUUCUCGGGAUGACUGGACUCCCUCGGUGGAUACAUCUACCAAGAUUGAUGAGGAUGCACCUGGAAUUUCUAUCAGAAUCAAGGGACAGCGGGAUGAUAAGACUCUUGAUUCGUUUCAACCGUCUCAGGCAGAUUGGAUCAAACAAUAUGUCGAGCAACAAGAAGAGGAUGAGUCAACCACGUGGGAAGAUGAUGCAGCUGAUGAAAGGGCAGAGAAGGUAUUUCGUUUACUUGUGGUCCUUAAACCAAGGUCUUAUGAUGUUAUUGCCAAAGAGUAUCGUGCUGCACGGUGGGAGGCUGCAAACGCCAAGCAAAAAGGGGACAAGAAAAGCCAGGAACGGGCAGGCAGCAUCAUCCGCAAUCUCAAGCAAGAGUUAUCUGCUCUAGGCUUAUCAGACGACAUCUUGGCAUCAGAAUUUGGGAAGGAUACUGCUUUUGAGGACACAUACACUAAUCCUUACAAGCACUCUGAAGAAGUCCAUGCUGAUGAAAUAACAGUUGACAGAAUUGAUGAGGAGCACUGCAGCUCCAUUCAUUUUCCAGUCAAUUCUACUCUUUCAAGUGAACCUGCGCAGGGAAAGAUUAUUGCAGAAGAAGAGUCAAUAGAUGUAGAAAUUGGUAAUUUCUUCUUAGAAGAUGGGCCUUCUGGAGAAGUUCUGCCUCCCGAAGUUUUGGAACUACAGAAGAGAGAAAGGAUGAGAGAAAUCUCUAGUGAGAAAAAUUUGGAGAAAUUAGAUGGUAUUUGGAAAAAGGGGGACUCUCGAAAGAUUCCAAAGGCUGUUCUUCAUCAAUUAUGUCAAAGAUCAGGGUGGGAAGCCCCAAAAUUUAAUAAAGUGCGUGGAAAGGAAAAUAAUUUCUCUUAUACUGUCAGUGUUUUGCGUAAAGCUAGUGGGAGGGGUAAAAGCAGAAAGGCUGGGGGCUUAGUGACCCUUCAGCUUCCUGAUCAGAAUGGAACUUUCGAUUCGGCUGAGGAUGCUCAAAAUAGAGUGGCUGCAUUUGCUCUUUGUCAACUGUUUCCUGAUCUCCCAGUUCACCUACUAAUUAUUGAGCCUUAUGCUUCUCUGGUCAUUCAAUGGGAGGAAGGAGAAUCAUCAACGACUGUAGAAGAUAGUCAGGAAGAUCGAAGGGCUACUUUUGUGGACUCUCUAUUGAGUGCCGAUGGUUCUGCUUCAACUUCUGCUGCUAAUUUUAUGUAUGAUAUUCUCCCAGAAGAGGUUCAAGAACUCCACGUUGAAGAGCCUAUAAGUUCAGGUGUUGUUCGCACUGAUCCAGUAGCUCAAAGAGUACAUCAUUUCAAAGAAGUGGAGAGCUCUUAUUUGAGACAAGAACUUGAGAAUAAACUGAAAAAUCCAAAAUUCAAGGACAUGUUGAAAACUAGAGCUGCACUUCCCAUUGCUGGUCUGAAGGGUGAUAUAUUGCAAUUGCUCCAUGAAAAUAAUGUUCUAGUUGUUUGUGGGGAAACAGGUUCUGGAAAAACAACUCAGGUUCCGCAAUUUAUAUUGGAUGACAUGAUCAAAUUAGGACGUGGUGGACACUGUAACAUUAUAUGCACGCAACCAAGGAGAAUAGCGGCUAUUUCCGUGGCUGAAAGAGUUGCUGAUGAGCGCUGUGAACCUUCACCUGGUUCAAGAGGUUCUUUGGUUGGUUAUCAAGUUCGUCUUGAUAGUGCAAGCAAUGACAAGACAAAGCUUCUAUUUUGCACGACGGGCAUUCUUCUGAGAAAAUUGAUGGGAGAUAAAAACUUGACAGGUAUUACUCAUGUCAUAGUUGAUGAAGUACAUGAGCGGUCUCUUUUGGGUGAUUUCCUGCUCAUAGUUUUGAAGAAUCUGAUUGAGAAGCAAUCAGCUCUUAGCACACCAAAACUGAAGGUUAUUCUGAUGUCUGCAACUGUUGAUUCAGAUUUGUUUUCAAGAUACUUUGGUAAUUGCCCUGUGAUUACUGCAGAAGGCAGAACACAUCCUGUCACAACUUACUAUCUUGAGGAUAUAUAUGAAAGCAUUGAUUAUCGGAUUGCUUCGGAUUCUCCAGCUUCCUUGGGAUAUGGACCUUUGACCAAGGAGAAGGCUGGUGCUGUAAACAACCGCAGGGGAAAGAAGAAUCUUGUUUUAUCUGCUUGGGGUGAUGAUUCUCUACUCUCUGAAGAAAAUAUUAAUCCUUACUAUGUUCCAGAUAGUUAUCAAUCGUACAAAGAGCAAACUCGACAAAAUUUGAAAAGAUUGAAUGAAGAUGUCAUUGAUUAUGAUCUUCUUGAAGACUUGGUGUGCCAUGUUGAUGAAACUUGCGAUGAGGGGGCUAUACUUGUCUUCUUGCCUGGAGUAUCUGAAAUUUACACAUUAGUUGAUAAACUAGCUGCUUCUUACCGAUUUGGUGGACAAGCUUCUGAUUGGAUUCUUCCACUACAUUCAUCCGUUUCAUCAACCGAUCAAAAGAAGGUCAUUGUAGCCACAAACAUUGCAGAGACCAGUAUAACAAUCGAUGAUGUGGUAUAUGUUAUUGAUUGUGGAAAGCAUAAGGAGAAUCGUUAUAAUCCGCAGAAGAAAUUGUCAAGCAUGGUUGAAGAUUGGAUUUCUAAAGCAAAUGCUAGGCAACGACGAGGAAGAGCUGGACGUGUGAAACCUGGAAUUUGUUUUUGUUUGUACACACGUUAUCGAUUUGAAAAGCUCAUGCGCCCUUUUCAGGUUCCAGAGAUGCUUCGGAUGCCAUUAGUAGAGCUGUGUUUACAAAUUAAGUUGCUUUCUCUGGGUUACAUAAAGCCAUUAUUAUCCAAGGCUUUAGAACCUCCAAGGGAAGAGGCUAUGACCACAGCAAUUAAGUUAUUGUAUGAGGUAUAG